UUAUUUUUUUCCUGUUACUUUCUUCCACUUUCUCUCGCGUGUCCUCCUGCCUCUCUCUGCGGGUCCGCCAAGAGGAAUUUUAACUUCGCCUCAAGUCGGCCGCGAUGCAGCAAAGUUCGCGUCCGUUCGCGUCUCCGCACAGCAAAACGCCCCUCCUCUCUGCAGCGUGAGCAUUAGAAGCUGCUGCUGCUCGACAUCAUCACAUCACUGGCAGCAAAGCAGACGCUGGACAUCAUCAAGAGAACUGCGGAGCCGAGGAAGCAGAAGCUGAAUGAUGAGUGCUGCUCAGAGUCCGACAACAUUGGAGUCCAAACUGGAGGCCCUGCAGUGCCACUUCACCUGGGAUCUGGACCCUGGCAGGUCCAAACUUUUCCGACUCAGGGACAAGCUGGAGGACAUCGGCACCGAGGAGGGAAACAGCUGGCUGGGUCACAUUUACAACCUGCGGGGGUUCAUUCAGUACAAGCUGGGGUUCACCAAAGACGCCCAGAGUUUGUUCAGCAGGGCUGCAGAGGCCUUCCGCCAGAUGAGAAACACAGAUGAGGGCCCCUGGUUAGUGGUGAACUACGGGAACCUGGCUUGGCUGCACCACCACCUGGGAGAACAAGCAGAGAGUCAGGAUUACCUGUCGAAGGUCGACGCCCUGAUGAAUAAAUAUCCAUCUCCAUCCCAGGACGAGCUCCAUCCGGAGAUCUACGCGGAAAAAGCCUGGACCCUGAUGAAGUUCAGCGCAGAAAAAAAGCUGCUGGCUGCAGAUUACUUCGAAAAAGCCAUCAGAAUGCAGCCAGACAUGGUGGAGUGGCGUACCAGCCAAGUCAUAGGGUUAGUGAAUGCUUCUAAACACAGCAAGACAGGGCUGGGGGCUGACAUCUUGGAGAAAAUGAGAAUCGCCAAGGAACAGGAUCCAGAGAGCUUGUACCUCGCCGUUCACUACCUUGAGCAAUAUGCUAAGAAAGGAGAAAGAAUCGAAGAUGAAGCGCGUGAGUUAGGCAGAAAGGUUUUGAGAAAUCCCAUCAGCAGCUACAGCGGUAUGAAAGCAGUACUAAGGGUUUACAGGAACCAUGUAUCUGUUGAUGAGGCCAUUGAUUUGGCAGAGGAGGCUCUGGAAAAACAUCCAGAUGUACGUUAUCUGAAGAGAUGUGCUGCACUCUGCUACAAAUGGAAGAUCAUUUUUUUCAGGGAAAGUCGCCCAAAACAAAGCGCGAUAGACAGAGCAAUCAUUCUCCAUAAGGAGGUGAUUUCUCUUUACCCUCAUUCUUCACUUGUGAAGAAAAUAGACCUCGCAAAUAUAUACGCAAAGUCAAAUCCGUCUAAAGCUGAGCCAAUAUACCAGGAACUACUAAAAAGUGACCUGGAACCUGCAGACAAACAGAUGCUUUACAACAACUAUGCAAAAUAUUUAAACUUCGAUCGGCAGGAUCGUAACAGGUCAAUAAAAUAUCACAUGAAGGCGGCUGAGAUACCGCAACAAUCCUUCUUUCGUGAGAACAGCAUCACAGUUCUGGAGAAGAUUAAAGACAGAAGCAGGAACCGAAUGUGUAGAGAAAUAGAGGAGUUUCUGGCCAACCUGCAAGAGCCAUAGAGUUUUUAACAGAACUGGUUCUAAAUCCAGAAAGAAAUGUAGGUAUCCCCUUACCUAAAAAAAUCUGGACUUACUCAUUAAUUUGAUUACAUACACAUUAGGAAAACUUGUGGAAAAGAUUUGUGGAAAUUGUGGAAAAGAUUACUUCUUAAAAUAAAAUAAAAAUGGAAGUGAGAAACUUACAGUGAAGACCCACUGAUCGCAGUGACAUUAAGUCAAGUUUGGCCCAGAUUUACUUCACCCUUCAAGUGAAUCCUCUGAGGGUGAUUCCAUUGAAACUAACUGAUUUUGCCAUUUUAAGUGUUAGCAUGAUCAGGCCUUAAAUUGGUCAGUAUGCUUCAACCAAAGUGCUUGUCAAAUAAUCGGAACCAUUUCACCAUAAAUGCGUCACAACUCUCUGCACACUGGUGCCCUUUUUAUUUUCUUUGCCCCUGCCCCUCAGACAGCCUGAGUCCACCAGUAGUGUGGGGGGAGGGGGUUUCCAUACAUGCCAACUGUUCAGUCCAACUCUGCUUAAAUUUGCGGGGCCGUCCUGCCCAUAGACUGUACAAAAGGUCCUGCCCAUUUUGACAACAGCUAACGUUAACUUUGCUGGCACGUCUGCCUGUGCAGAGAUCAGCUGCACAUGCACCCUUUGGGUUGCCAGGUUGCGGUGACAGAUGGGUUGAAAUUGUAUGUAGUGUGUGGAUUGUGUUUCGUAGACGAUCUGGCAACUUGGGUGACGUCAGACAUCCAAAACUUGGAUCCGUGUAUGAUGAUUAUUCAUAAUGAAGUUUGAGAGCCGUGCAAAUCACAGGAGUUUCCUGGGAGAAAUCACAACACGCCACACCCAGUGCGGUGAUGGUCUUGAAAGACGAGAGAAACCCAGGGAAAACGGGAGUGUUGGCAGGUAUGGGUUUCUGAUGCUGUUGGACCAUUUGACAAGCACUUUUGUUGAAGCAUAUUUACACCUUUAAAGGCCGGUCACAUCAGUAUUUAAAACUGCAAACUUUUGCAGCAAAAUCAAUUUGUGGAAUUGCAGGAACCAGAGGAUUCACUUGCCGGGGUGAAGUGAAUCCACUAGAAUUUUUCAUCACCCAAUAGGUAGUCAUCUGGACAGUGCUGACCUUUGAGGGAUCGGAGAGCUGGAGGGUCAAAAAUUGGAGGAAGCUAUCGUACCUUAUUAGUUGUGUGUCACCAUCCAGUUUUAUUUAAUCUCCUCUGCCAAACUAAACAGUAAAAUGCUGCUCAAAACAUGGUUAGCAGACAGUAAUGAAACAGGAGUCAAUGGUACAAACACACCGUUGUGAAUAAACUGUGUGAACUUAUUGUCCCGUUAGCGAACAAGCAAGUUAGCUCGUUAGCUCUGAGCGCCUUUUUCCCUCUUCAAUAACUGUUUACUAAAUGAAAUGAUGUACAGUUGCCAGAACAAACUGUUGGCUAGCAUGUUAGUGGUUAGCUCGCCAGCUACAGUAGUUUACCAACUAGCCCUGUGAGUAGUCACUAUAUCACCAAGCUUCUAGACACAAAUAUUAAGCGUGUGGAUAAUUUUGCUUUCUGCCGUGAUCGGCCUUAGAGGUUACACCCUCAGCAGCAUGCAGCAACAACCUUUCAAAACAUGUAAUGUACGAUCAGUUCAUUGUUGGUUUUAAUCUUUUCAUGGCUAACACAAAGAAAAAUCCAUCAUAUUUCGAGCUGUAUCCUUUAAAGACAGGUUUCAACAAGUGUCUGCAAGUUUUUACACUACAGUAGUUAAUGGAAGACAAAUAUCUAAAAACGUAUACAUUUGCACUGAGAAACUGUCAGCAGUAGUGUACUCGAUCUGUAUGAAACAGACUGAAUCAUUCAGUAACACUGGUGUGGUCCUUUAAAUAACAUCCACUGUGGACAUGUUCAAAUGUCAUUACAUAAUCCAGUAAAUUACAUUAUUAGUUCAAAUAGAUUUUGAUCAGAUGUUCCUUUUAUUAACUUACAUGUAACCGUGGUGUUUACUAUAUUCCUGCUGUGUUUAUUAUUUUCCUUAGCACUGUAUUUUAGGUUUGUAUGAGAACAUUAUAGGGUUGCACGGUGGCAGAGCGGCUAAAGCUCCUGCCUCCCAAUAAGGAGAUCGUGGGUUCGUGGGAUCGAUUCCCGGACCAGACCAACAUCACACAAUCUCUCUGGGUGGAGUCUGCAUGUCCUCCCCGUGUUACCGUGGGUUCUCUCCGGGUUCUCCGGCUUCCUCCCACCGUCCAAAGACAUGCAUGUGUAGGUUAAUUGAUAACUCUAAAUUGCCCGUAUUGAAUGAAUGUGAGAGUGAAUGGUUGUCUGUCCUUGUCUGUGUCUGUGUUAGCCCUGCGACGAGUUGGCCACUGUCCAGGGUGUACCCUGCCUAAGGCCCAAAGUCACUGGGAUAGGCUCCAGUCACCCGCGACCCCUAACGGGACCAAGCGGUAGAAAAUGGAUGGAUGGAUGGAGAACAUUAUACACUCUGUAUGAAAUUUGCUUUGCUGUAAGCCUUGGAGUGGUGACAUAUAAACCUCUCUGAUUGGUAAUGUAAUAGUUACUUUGAUGUAUAACCUGAAUAUUAUCGCCAGAUUCAACUGAUUGUAUUCUUAGAAAGUAUGUUAAGCUGUGUCUCAGUUGUACACAAUACUAAUACUAUUAAAUAUACAUUAUGUACACUAAAAA